UAACAUAACCCCAAAACAUUGAGUGUGUUCGUUCAAGUUUAGGGAGAAGGGACAGAGUUGGAGUUGGAGUUUGGCUUCGGCUCGGCGUUGAGUAUACAAGUUUUACUCUCAAGAGUUGUGAAAAAGUUAGAAGUGUAAAAUUACUUCAACACUAUGUCUCUUACGUGUGCUAUUUCAAAUGAAGUUCCUGAGCAUCCAGUUGUGUCUCCUGCCUCAGGCGCUAUUUUUGAGAAACGCUUGAUUGAAAAAUACAUAAUCGAAAAUGGAGUGGAUCCAAUUUCUGGAAAGGAGCUUUCUAUUGACCAGCUCAUUGAAAUCCGGACAACACCGGUGGUGAAACCUAAACCUCCGUCAGCCACCUCCAUCCCUGCGAUCCUCAAGACACUGCAAGACGAGUGGGACGCCGUGAUGCUGCACAGCUUCACACAACGGCAGCAGCUACAGACAGCUAGACAAGAGCUGAGUCACGCGUUGUAUCAGCAUGAUGCAGCGUGUCGAGUCAUCGGACGUCUCACCAAGGAAGUGACUGCCGCACGUGAGGCUCUGGCCACGCUCAAACCUCAAGCCGGCAUUGCUCAGCCCACCACAGGAGUACCUCAGCCGGCGAUUGCUGUGGAAGCUGCUGGUGUUGCUGCUCAGCCUACAGAACAGGCUGGCAUGACACCUGAGGUCAUCCAGAAGCUGCAAGAUAAAGCUACAGUCCUCACCCAGGAACGGAAGAAGAGAGGUCGGACUGUGCCUGAGGACUUGGUCACACAGGAGACUGUCCGCAACUUUCACACUCUUGCCUCCCAUCCGGGUCUUCAUAGUGCUAGUAUUCCUGGUAUUCUCUCCCUUGACAUUCAUGGGGCGGACACGAGCAAAAUUUUGACUGGAGGAAAUGAUCGGAAUGCCACAGUCUUCAACAAGGACACAGAGCAAGUUGUAGCUAUUCUGAAGGGUCAUACGAAGAAAGUCACCAGAGUGGUGUACCACCCAGAAGAGGACAUAGUAAUAACCGCAUCACCUGAUACAACCAUCAGAGUAUGGAAUGUUCCCAACAAUCAACCACUGCAGAUGAUCCGAGCACAUGAUGCCCCAGUGACGGGACUAUCUCUCCAUCCCACAGGAGACUACGUCCUGUCCACCUCUAGUGACCAGCAUUGGGCUUUCAGUGACAUCCAUACAGGCAGAGUACUCACUAAGGUUGCUGAUGAAGGUUCCACGGGAGGAAAUGCUCUGACGACAGCUCAGUUUCACCCUGACGGUCUCAUCUUUGGCACUGGCACGUCUGACUCUCAGGUCAAGAUUUGGGAUCUUAAAGAACAAUCCAAUGUGGCUAAUUUCCCAGGUCAUUCUGGCCCAAUCACUGCCAUUUCAUUCUCAGAGAAUGGUUAUUACUUGGCCACAGCCGCAGAUGAUGCUUGUGUAAAACUCUGGGACUUGCGUAAACUUAAAAACUUCAAAACACUGCAGUUGGAUGAUGGAUACGAGAUCAAGGACUUAUGCUUUGACCAAAGUGGGACAUACUUGGCUGUAGCUGGAACGGAUGUCAGGGUUUACCUGUGUAAGCAGUGGCAAGAGUUGAAGGUGUUCAAUGACCACACAGCCAUGGCGACUGGUGUGAGGUUUGGCCGUCAUGCUCAGUACAUCGCCUCUACGAGCAUGGACAGAACACUCAAACUCUACGGAAUAUAACUCGAUACUCUGUCUCUUGAAGGCUAGUCUGUACCUCCCCACAAUCUUGAAUGUAAGAAAAACUCUAUUGUUUUAUUUACUUUGCAGGUUUAUAACACAUACAUGAGGGUGUAACAAUGUGAUUUACUAAUUUAAUACACAAACCUUUGUACGUUUUCCUUGCACAUUGUAUUAGUCUUAAAGGUAGAUCUUUUAACUUUAAUAUGACCAUCCUGAAUAUCAUAAAAUAUAAUCAUAUUUCAACAAUUAAUGUGAAAAAACCUUAAUAUUUUCUUAGCACAAUUUUUACCUACUAAUAAAUGGUAAAAUUAUAUUUAUAACAGAAAGAGGUACAGAGAGUCAGUUUAAAACAGAAGGACAUUAUAUACUUCUACCUUUGUAAAUAAACAACUAUUUUUAAUGUGACCAUUUUAGAUUUUAGUGUUAUAGAGUGUUAAGUUCUCCGAUAAUGUAAGUGUUCUGAUAUUUGGACUUAAAAUGAAAACAUAGUUGAUUAACAUCAAAUUAACGUAACCGUAAAAGAUGCUAUGGCUUACAAUCAGUUGUCCUGUCGGCAUAUUUGACAGAAAUCAGUGAUUUAAAUCAGCACACUCUAACUUGUAAAGUUUCAAUUUAACUAUGACAAACUAGUGACUAUCUAUAGGAAUUUCUAGUUCUUUCAAUAGUCAAGGGUGUUACCUUAUGACACAAUGUUGAAUACUGCCUAAUUUAAUUUUCAUUCAUUGAUGCAGCAUAUGGUUAGUUUAGCUAAUGGUAAGUUGUAUGUUAUGUUUAAAAAUCUUUGAAUGGUUAAAUAUACUCUAUUGAUUUUGCUAAAUCAUUCAACUAAUGGAAAACAAAAAUUAUAAAAAAACUACUAAUUAUAGUUUUGGUUGACCAAUUUUGCCUUUUUGGUAGUGAUAUGUUUACUUUUACUAAUGGGGAAGUAGCCAUUACUGAAGCUCGCACGGUAAGACCUAGACUGUGGAACAGUUUAAUUUGUCAAUCAAUGCGAUAACUUGAGUAAUUUUUUAAUUAAUUAUGGUACAAUUUUGAUGAAAUUUGGUUUGAAGGUGGAGGACUUUACCACCCUCCCUGUAGCAGCAACCCUAAGUAAUUAAAAUUCAUUUUCAUAGCCCCAGGAUUGCGUUAAUAUGACAAAUAAUGGUUAAACAUACCUCGUCAGACAAUCUUUAACAUGUAGUGUCGAAAUUGCUACAUAUGUUUUGUUGGCUAUUUUAGCAUCUCUGCCAUUGUCAGGCAAACAACCUAAGUACCUAAAAACCUAAGUACUCGUUUAACCUAUUGUUAUUUAAAAGGGGAACAAUUAUGACUUGUUUAUGGAAAUAUUUUAGUUAAAGUCCAAUCAGACAAAUUGAAAUUCACUUAGUCUGCAGGCUUGCUGCAUCAAGAGUAUUUAUUUUCUAGCAGUUCAGAUUUAUAUAGCUACAUUUUAUAGUAAUUUGAUGUUCCAUCUUUUGAGCGGUAAAAAACAAAACCAAAUAAAAUGUAUCGGUUCUAUUUGGUUUCUGAUUUUAAAAAUUACAUAGUUAAUUGUUUUUUAUUAUUUUAGUCCAUGUGAAACUACAAAAUCAUUUUGUGUUGAACUACAACGUAUAAAAAUUUUUUAAAUAAAUUAUUUAAUACAUGUUUUUGUAUAAUUUAAAACCUUAACAGCUUCUGUAAUAGUAAUAAUUUACAAAAAAAACUAGAGAUUUGUCUUUACCAAAAUUUAUCGAUUCUCAAUACUGAUACUGAUAUCUGAGAAACUGAUUUUCGAUACUGUUGCCAAUUUAAAAAAUAUAUGUUAAGUUCUUACCGUCUACGUAAUCAGGGGCUAUACUUUUCUUCAAUACUUUCUUUUAAUACUUUCUUAUUAAAUGGCACCACGGCCUUUUCAGAGAUAGAUAACUCCAUCUUCAGGUGUGUAGUGGUACACUAAACUAUUGUCCUAACACGAAAAGUCUACAUCUGCGUUACAUCAUGGGUUAAAUAAAUAUUAAAUGUUUUCCUUA